CUUGGCGAGGUCGCCUUUUACGUUGGCACGGAGAUUCUUUGGUGCGUGUUUUCGGUCGCGUUCUCGGGCCGAGAGAAUCUCGUUUAUUAACGUCUUUGUGUCAGUUGCAUCUCGAUACGAUCAAACGGAAGUGAUGAAGUGUGAUUCCGUGCGCGAACGUGCCAGGGCGUAGCCAGACGUUGUGCAAAAUCGCCUGAAAACGAGGGACGACAAGGCGGUGCGUGACAGUCGGAGUCUGCCAUUGGAAAGGAUAUCUGUUGUCUUUUUCGCACCAGUGGUAUUUUGCGUACUCGCGGGUUCGCUGCAUCAUCGUCAUUGCCACCGUCAACCUUUCUCCCUCUCUCUCUGAUACACAUACACGCACACUCUCUAUCCUACCUCUCUUUCUCUAGCGUCUUAUUCCGUAAUACUGUUCAUCCGUACCACUUUAUACGCGCUGUGCAGACAAAAGUGAGGAACGUCCACGCAUGGUGCAGUUCUGAUCGCAACAAAGUUCUAAAUUCUAAGUACGAGGUGGACGAUCCAACAUGAACAGCAGAUGACUGUUGGCCGAGCUGAUGCUCGUUCGACUUUAAUAUGAGUGAAGUAGUGGCUGUUACACCUAGUGGUGGAUCGACACACCAGGAAAGCGUGGCACACGUCAAACGGCAUAAAUUAGCCAACUGUAAUGUUCCUCUCGUGCACGGACGGACAAAUCCGCCGAUCAACAACCGUAACAGGCUGACCACCCAUCAACGGAAUCACAGUUUGGACUUUAGGUCAAUGGGUAUUCUGUUGCCGCCGGUGCCGCAGACGAGCGCGACGACGCUGACGCACCAUCACCGAAAUCGAAGUCUCGAUUCCGCGCUGCAGCGUAUCCCGGAAGUGGAUGUGACGCCGAGCCCGGAAUGCGAGACAACACCGGCCCCGGUAGCUAAGGCCGCGGUACCGCCGUGCAAGGUGCGCAGCCGGGAACGGGAGGAUCUCGCCAGCCUUGGAUCCGAUGACUCCGGUAUACUUUGUGGUUCCGACAGCGGUUCGUCCAGCGACGCAACGAACGCGGCGACCCGAGAAUCGAGCGUGGACCAUCUUCACAGCCGCGAGAGUCUCGACUCGUCGUUGUCCCAGCCGGGUGACAUGGAUGGGGUCGACGCGGUGGACGGCGAGGUGAACAGCAGUGUCCGAGUGUUGUCGACGGUCUCGGUGUCGAUGCCGGUGUCCCCCGUCGAAAUAGUGUGUUUAAGUGAACCUCCGUCGAAAAAGGGUGAAUAUGGUGAUGGUGGUAGUGAACGUGGCAAACAGCCGUGUGAACGCGAGAACACGAACAUCGGUGGUGGUGAGACGAGCACGCAGGAACUGCGGUCCGGUAGCGCGGUCAAAGAACUCGAGGCACACGAAUACCGACUCGACGAACUGUGCGCCGAAAUGGCCGUGACGGUCGACGCGCGGGACUUCCAAAAUCCGUUGGAUGUCUCGCCGGUGAACGAUAAGAGUGAGUUGGCCGGCGCGGCGAUGACGUUGUGCUGCGGGACGACCGUACAGUCCGAGGCGAACGAGUCGACCGUUAAAAAACCGACCGGCGUCGUGUGUCGAAGGCAAGAGACUGUACAACCGAAACCAUCCGAGGGAUGCUUGCUCCGACUGUUCGAGAGUCAGAUAUUCGACAUGUCGAUGGCGAUUUCUUAUCUGUUCAAUUCCAAGGAGCCUGGCGUUCAGAGCUAUCUUGGGAACAAGAUGUUUAGUUUCCCAAAUACUGAUGUGGACUUCUAUCUGCCACAACUAGUUGUGAUGUACAUACAACUGCAUGAUGUUACAGAAGUCCUAUAUCCAUAUCUUGUCCAUAGGUGUAGACAGUCAGCAGAUUUUUCGGUGAAAUGUGCCUGGCUAUUAGAUGCGUAUAGUUCUGACGCUCAUUUGCCAUCCAAGAAGAAGUCUCAUGGGACCAAACUAAAAAAUCUUAUCCUCUCAGAUGAACUCAGGCCAAAAGGGAAUGAGAGUAAGAAACAUCGUGUAGUUGGACUGCAGACACCAGCCCCACCGUUAUUAACUACAAUGCAAAGCAUUACAUCUCCUAAUAAAAAGACACACCAAAGAUCUCAGUCUGAUGCCACUGGAUUAUUUCAAACACUACGUCGUAGCCAUUCCGGUACAAUUAAUAAAGUAAGUCUUGGGGACCUGAGCUCUGGUCGAGCAUUUGACAAUGGUUGUACCUGUUUUUAUUCCUGCCAAGGUGUGGUAAAUGAUUUACGAGGACAGAAAACCGACUGCUUUUGCAAUGCGCCACGUCUUGCUCCAGAACUCGAAUUUAUACAAGCACUAAUAUCAAUUGGUAAAUUGCUUGGAACUAUUCCAACAAAGGAAAGUAAAACUGUUCAAUUAAUAGCGGAGCUUAGUACUCUCAAUUUGAAUCUCCCUGCAAGGGUGUGGCUUCCUUUGCACAGUUCAGUACCACAUCAUAUCGUAAGAGUGCCACCGCAAUACGCUGCUGUCCUAAAUAGUAAAGAUAAGGCACCAUACAUAAUUUACGUUGAAGUGUUAGAAGUAGAAGAUAUUUAUACAUCACCCGUACCGACAAAAAUAAUAGGACAUUCGUUGAGGCAUACGAAAUCCGAAGAAAAUUUAACCGGAGGCGAACAAUCCACCGUGAUUGAUUCAUCAAACAUAUCCGCUUCAGAAACACAACAGAACAUGCCACCGAUCAGACAAACCCCGGUUAAAAAUAUUUCCCCGUACUCAGUACGAAGUACGGAAGUCGCAUUUACUUUCCCUGAUGAUGAUCCUAUCGAUUGUUGGAGUCAGGAAGACGAUGAAAUUACUCAACAGUAUUUACAACUCCGUAAGCCAAAAGAUAGAGAUACGAUAUCCCAAUUAAGCCAAGAGUCAUCAGAUAGUAAAGAACCAAUAUUUGUACCUGGUGAUAUAAAGCGGCGGUUGAGCGAAAUGGCCGCUGCGCCUAGUGCAACAUUUAAUCAUGAUCCGGAGGAUCCUUCAGCUGCCGUGUUGAAAGAACCAUGGGAAUUAAAGCAGCGUCGCAUAAGGGCUUCCAGUCCAUAUGGUCAUCUAGCGUCUUGGAAACUUCUUGCCGUUAUUGUGAAAUGUGGCGAUGACCUUCGACAGGAGCUGCUUGCCUCGCAAUUGCUUUCGAUGCUGCAAAAAAUUUGGCAAGAUGAACAAGUACCACUUUGGGUGCAGCCGUACAAAAUUUUAUGCUUGUCUAAUGAUAGCGGUUUGAUCGAACCAAUUUUGAAUACUGUAUCACUGCACCAAGUGAAGAAACAGUGCCAAUUAACACUUGUGCAAUACUUCGAACGAGAAUUCGGCCCAUCCACAUCAGAAACAUUUAUCACCGCUCAGAGAAACUUCAUUCAAAGUUGCGCGGCAUACUGUCUCGUCUGUUAUCUUAUUCAAGUUAAAGAUCGUCACAACGGAAAUAUAUUGCUCCAUAGCGAUGGCCAUCUAAUACAUAUAGACUUCGGAUUCAUUCUGUCGACUUCGCCAAGGAACCUGGGAUUUGAAACUAGCCCAUUCAAAUUGACUCCCGAGUUCGUGGAGGUGAUGGGUGGAAGUCAAUCUAAACAGUUCCAAGAAUUCAAAACUUUGAUUCUUCAAGGUUUAAUCGCCGCACGAAAACACAUGGAAAAAAUUGUUAAUCUUGUGGAGAUCAUGUUAUCAGGAUCGCAGCUUCCAUGUUUCCGUAGUGGCGGGGCGGCAACCGUUCAAGGAUUGAAGAACAGAUUCCAUCUUACCCUGACGGAGGAUCAAUUACGCCGGCAUGUGGAGGACUUGGUUGAAGCCAGUAUCCAUUCUUGGUCAACUAAAUUGUACGAUCGGUAUCAAUAUUUCGCAAAUGGCACUCUUUAAUAAUAACAUCAACUUCUGUUUUUUUUUUGUGUGAGAAAGAGAAUGAUUUUUACGAGAGAGCGCGAGAUUGUUGAGUUUGAUUAUACGUGGUACUCCUUCCAUAAAACGUAUAAAACUUUAUAGCAUUCCGUAAGCACAAAUUAUCUCCGAAUCGAAUUAUUUGAUCACGUGCAGAUAAUGAUCGAGACACACAGAGAAAUGCUAUCUAAAAUGUAGAUUUACUCCGACUAGGGUAUAGGCUGAUUUCAAUAGAUUAAUUUUACACGAUCUUAAAUUAUUCCUUAGUUUCUUGAUAAGAACGUGAUAGUUAUCUUUAAUGAAGGAAAAAGAACAUGAAAUUGCCACGUACAUAAUUUGCAAAAAAUUC